UUUUCAUUGUUGAUCAGGUGGAGACAGGAUCAGUGCUCAAGAACAACACAACUGAAGAGGAUUUCAAGUGGAAGACCUUAAAGUUUGGUGAGUCUCUAAAUUAAAAACAACUUGGAAUCAAACUACAGAAAUGGCUGAGAAGCUUCUUAAAAAUUUCCUGAGCUGCCAUGUGUGUUCAGAGACUUUCAAAGACCCCGUGUCUCUGAGCUGCAACCACAACUUCUGUUCAAGCUGCCUGCAGAAAUUCUGGGAACAAGCUGGAAACAAAAACUGUCCUAUUUGUAAAAGAAAAUCCUCAAAAGAAAGUCUCAAUGUGAAUUUUAGCCUGAAGGAACUGGCUGACUCCUUUGCCAAGAGACAGAGUCAGAGUUCAGCUAUAACUGAUAAAGAAAAGGAGAUAAAGAAGGAGGAGGAGGUGUGUGUUGAACACUCAGAAAUGCCUUAUUGGUUCUGUGAGGAUGAGCAGAAAGCUGUGUGUCCCAUCUGUGAGUUUUCUCUCCACCAGAGUCACAAAGUGGUUCCUCUAAAACAAGCAGUCAGUGACUUGAAGGAGCAGCUGGAAUCUGACCUAACAUCUCUGGAGGAAAAGAGGGACAAAUAUGAACAAGUGGAGAUCACUUACAAAAAGAUAAUUCAACACUCCAAGAACCAGCUGCUGUUCACAGAAAACAAGAUCAGAGCAGAGUUCAACAAACUCCACCAGUUCCUGAGAGAGGAAGAGGAGUCCAGACUGGCAGCUCUGAAGAAGGAAGGGGAGCAGAAAGAGGAGAUUAUCAGCAGAGAGAUGAAGAGGAUUCAGGAGCAGAUCAACUCUCUGUCAGACAGUAUCUCUGCUGUUGAACGAGAGCUGGAGAAAGACAAUAUGCCGUUCCUCAGCAGUUAUAAACCCACUCAGACCACAGCCAGAGCCCAGUGCUCACUGUCAGAUCCACAGCUGGUCUCAGGAGUCCUGAUAGAUGUGGCCAAACACCUGGGCAACCUGGCCUUCAGAGUCUGGAAGAAGAUGGAGGAGAAGGUCCACUUCAGUCCUGUCAUUCUGGACCCAAACACUGCAAACCCCAUUCUCUAUCUGUCUGAUGAUCUGACCAGUGUGAGACGUGGAGACACAAAUCAGGAUCUCCCUGACAAUCCAGAGAGAUUCACUGAAUAUAAUGAAGUUCUUGGAUCUGAGGGCUUCAGCUCAGGGAAAAUCAGCUGGGAGGUGGAGGUGGGAGAUCAUCCUAGAUGGAUUAUAGGUUUAGUCAAAGAGACAGUUGACAAGAAUGAAGCUGUAGCCUCACCAGAAAAUGGAUUCUGGUGUUUAUGUCAUGAUGAUGGAGAAUACACUGAUGGUGAUGACAAGACUGUGACAGUGAAGAAGAGUCUCCAGAGGAUCAGGGUCCAGCUGGACUAUGAGAGUGGACAGGUGUCCUUCUACAACUCUGAAGACGAGACUGAGAUCUACACCUACAGAGACACCUUCACUGAGAAACUCUUCCCAUAUUUUUAUGUCAGAGAUGCUGUUGAUGUCAAAACCUCUGACAUCAAAACCUGUCAAAGGGAGAUUAAUGUCAAUUAAUAAAGGUUUAUUACACACUUACCUGUGUGUUUUCGUGUACAACAUUGAUAACAUGUAAAGUUUAUUCAAUAUCUGAAGAUGAUGAGUCCAUUUCACUUUUGAAAGGUUUUGAUUUUAAUUCAAUGUUUUGUUGUUAGUUUGUCGAUAAGAUCAGCAGAAACAACAGUUCGUUUUUGAGAUGUGUAAAAGUCUUUUGCUUUUUAACCUGGUCAGCAGCAUCUAACUCAUUGACUUUAUCAAAUACUUCUGAUCGUGUCACUUUUCUUUGUCAUCUUUUCUUUGUUUUAAGUUUUUGUGGAUUUACAAUAAAGCUCAAAACAAGACAUUAAGGCAUGAACACGUAUUGUAAGAAUGGACCACGACAAGAUUAGACUGAAUUCAGAAUCAGGCCUGAGACCCCCAGAGUCAUGGCCACUUCCAGUCUCUCCUGUUGUGCUCCCCUCCCCUCCCCUCCCCUCCCUGUCAUUCUUUGUCUCCUCCCUAGGGGCGGGUCCAAGCGUGGUCAGCGGCUGCAGGGCGCACACCUGUUUUCCAUCGACUCCUCACCUGUCUCUGUUUUAAAUAUACCGGCUCUUCACUUACCCAUCGCCAAAUCUUUGAAGUUCUCACUUCGCCCAUUCAGCGCACUGCCGAUCCCUUCCCAACUCCGAUCUUCGCCAUUCCUCCCUCGCCACCCAGUUUCCGUCUGCCGCUAAGCCUUCCCGGACUCACCUGCUUUCCCGUAUCUGCAACCUGCUCCCUAUAAAUAAAGAUCCUUUGCAAAACCCUACUAUUGGCGUCUGAAUGUUGGAUUCACCUUGUUCCGUUCGUUGUCUCACCCAGAGGGAAGAAACCUCGAGUGGAAACUUAAACGCAUAUGGAGGGACAUCUACCUAAGGCUGGCAAGGUGGAGACAGAAAAAGAGAAAUAGGAGGAGGAAGGAGAUAAACAUGUGUCAUACGUGUGAGUAAAGGAUGCGUGCAGAAAUAAAUAUUGAUUCAAAUACAAGACAUGAAACUGACUUAAUGUUGGGACGGUUGGAAGCUGAGGAAACUGGUUCAUGGGUAAAUCUAUUCCAAAGACUCCUCUGUUUUUUAAUAUUCAUAUUUAUGAAGAUUUUUGUUCU